GUGAGCUUAAUGAUUGGCUAGACGUUGCCAUGGCGGCUGGUGGGUCUCAUGCUGCACGCUUGGUAGCCAGCCAAUUUCCACACGCCACAGCAUCUCAAGACUUCACUUAAGAACCCGAGGCAACCCAAACCGCCGUCCUCUCCUCCGUCCUCAUCCCCAUGGCCCGCACUCGAGCCCAAGCUGCCGCCCAGAAAGAGCUCACGCCACCGGCGUCAAAAGGCCAAGGAACACAACCCCAGGGUAUCCAGUCGCGCAAAGGCGCAAGCAAGCGUGCCGGGUCGAACCGCCGUAUACGUCUGUCUACGAUCGGGGAGACGUUGUCUCGACAGGAUCCGCCGGCGCUACAGAGCAGAGGCCGCAAGCGCAAGCAACCGAUCGAAAUCGCAGUCGAACCCGGCGCGGACCGGGAACGCCGCGAUCUGAAGCGAAAACGGACAUCCCCCACACGCCCUGCAGGGAACACAAUUGACGAGCCCCUUUCAAGGAAGCGUGGGUUCCAAGAGAAUCUAGCAGCAUCCGUUGAAGACGAAGGCGAGAAGCUAUCGCAUAACACUCCAGAGGGGUCCCUUGGGAAACGCCGACGAAUAUCCCUUGGACAGUCUAUCCAAGAGGCGGGUGACGAUACCGAGGAUUGGCGAAACAUAAUCGAUUUUUGGAGAAAGGAAGGAUCCUGGCCUAAAAAUUAUUUUGAACCGGACGACUCGACUAGGAAGGAUUUCGAGCGAGAGUCUGAAGACAGCUGGCUUAAGGAAAUGGAACGGCACAAUCCGAUCGUAAAACUACUUUUCGCAAAAACGACAUCUCUCAGGCGCAAGCGGUCUGGAUCCGACAGUUCUACAACGGCAAGCCGGGAUACGACGCCCAGCGAUCAGAGGACGAGGGAGGAGAAAAAUGCGCCGUAUCGAAACUCGCGGUACCCGCUCCUGCUCCAAACCAAGGGCUCGUACAUGAGCAUCUCUGAACUUGGUGUUACGGAUACCAGCAAGCAGCUUAUCCGAGACCUCCUCAGCGGUGAACAUUCGGUUCCCAAGGAGACGCUUUUCGACGACGAUAUCUUUGUGGAAGCUUGUUGCAACGUCGAGACCAAAAACGAGGCGAGGAUUAUUCAGGACAUUUCUAGACUUAUCGUUCCUUCGGCGGAAUCGCUUGCACUCCGCUGCAAAAAGUACAAACACCUGAUCGAGAGUGUCAACGAGGGGUGGGACAACUCGAUACCUCUCACCACCCCUCGUCCCCAGCCUGACUACUCUGUUGGCUUUAAGCGAGAUGCGUUCACCGAGGACCAACUCGCCAAGCUAUCGCCAUUCAUUGGCGACUUUAUCGCCGGGGACCAGACCUUCUUCAUGGCCACGUACUAUAUGUACUGCCCCUUCCUGACCUGUGAGGCGAAGUGCGGAGCCGCGGCGCUCGAGAUCGCAGACCGACAGAACGCCCAUAGUAUGACGCUUGCGGUACGGGCCAUUGUAGAGCUCUUUCGUGCUGUAAAGCGCGAGAACCAGGUUAACCGGCAGAUCCUUGCUUUCUCUGUCUCGCAUGACCACCGAUCAGUACGCAUCUAUGGGCACUACCCCGUAAUAACCGGGAAAGAUACCAAGUACUACCGGCACCCCAUCCAUGAAUUUUCUUUUACUACGGUGGACGGGAAGGAUAAAUGGACGGCAUAUCGAUUUACGAAAAAUGUCUACGAUAUAUGGAUGCCCGAGCACUUCAAGAACAUCUGCUCUGCCAUCGACCAGUUACCGUCAGAUGUGGACUUUGAUGUCCCGCCGCUUUCCCAGGGUUUACGGGACUUGAUGUCAGAGGCCAGCUCCGCUUUAGAGCCGGCCCAACAGGAUAGUCAAGGCGUCACUCCAGACACUUCAUUCAUAGUGCCGGGAAAGAGGGUCAAGCAGGAGUUUGUGGGCGAGAUUGCCGGAGACUGUAACAUUGUGGUACGUAUGUAUGGUAGCAAGGGGGUGCAGUGUAGAUAUCGGAUAUUGGAUUCUGGACCGCAUAUCUCGAUCGCUGAGAGGUUACGAAGUGAUACCAUAGCCUACCUUUAACCUGCAAUGCAAAGCCAA